ACAUAAAAAAACUUAACACUGGAUAUCGCAAAUGUGUACUCAUGCCACCUGCUUCCCGGGAGAGGAGUCACCGGGGGUUAAAUUAGUGACUACCACGCCAUACUGGGUUGUCCUGAUCGAAACUAACAAAUCUAAUACAUUUAAUUGUUAGCAAUUGGGAGGACACAACCUGUUCAAACACGUAGCAACGCACAAUUUUGGAAUAUGAGUUUGCUAUGCCAUAAUUUUAAGAUUUAACAGCUUGAGCAAUAUCAAUAUACCGUUUUUCUCCGUGUAUAAUGCGCAAAAUUUAACUAAUUUAUUGUCCUAAAAUCUCUGGUGCGCAUUAUACAUGGGUACAUUUUUUUUUUUUUUUUUAAGAAAAUCAUGGUACAACAAAACCAACGACAGGACUGACCGACAAAGUCGUGGAACAAAAAGACAGGGUGACAUUACCAAAGACAGGAACAGAAACCAAACAGACAUCAUGACAGUAACACAUGCAAUGAUCCGACGGUGAGCGAGGGGCAGACAGGACUUAAAUACAAAACACGUUACAUCGAUUGAGGUGACACAGGAAGAGAGGGGCGACGCGAACAGAAACUAUGGCAACCUAGACGCAUAGCAAAACUGGGGACGAGACAUGACAAAUCUCCCUCGAAAUAAAACUUGAAAUCACCUUUCUUCUUGUUUGUUGUCAAUCGCGCAUCGCAUUCAGCCAUCCUGCCCAACACACUUACUCAGUAAAAUUCAUAAUUGACGACACAUCGUUUGAUGCGAUGGUGCAAUCUUUGAUGGUGUGUUAUUGUCAAAUAUUGUUUGUUUUUUAAUCUCUGUGUUGCCUUUAAGGCUGUAUAAAUAAUUUCAUAUGGUUACAAUGUUGUAAAAAUGUUUUAAUAAGUUAAGUAAUCCUUUCGAUCUUGUAAUAAUAGAUAAUUCAUAGUUUAAGUUGAAAAAAUAUUGUCGUGAAACGCUACUUCCGGUUUCGCCGCGCUACUUCCGUUUUCGCUACAGGAUGUUAUGAAGUAGCCAUGUUGUGGAAUGCGGUCAGACUUACAUCUGUUGCCAUCUGCUGUGAUUCAUUAACGAGGCAAUGCCUUUUCACCGCUCAGUAAAGAAAAUUACAAGCUAGUACAGUCUCCUGGGUUCUUUGCUGGUGGUUUAGCUACGCGUUUCCUCAAGACGCUACAGUGAAAAGGCAGCAUCUGAUGUGUCAUCGUGGUCAAAAUGGCAGCAAGAAAUAAAUCUGCGACAAGUCAAACCGGCAGCACAUGCUCAUCCGUAGGAAGCGCUGCUCGUGCCCGAGCUAAAGCAGAAGCAGCAAAGGUGAGAGCGUCGUUUGCAAAUAAAGAAGCAGAGCUAAAAGUGGAAAAAGCUGAAAGUGAACUACAAAAAAUGAAAAUUGACACAGCGCUAGAAGUGUUAGCAUGGCAAAGAGAAGCUCAUGCUGCAGAAGCAGAGGCUGAAGUGCUAGAAAAUGCAGAGGCAAUACAAGAUGAACAUGAGAGCAGAAAUUCUUUAUUGGACAGUGUAAAAAGAGAAAGAACAAAUUACUAUGUGCAAUCACAAAGCGAAAUUCGACCUCCAAUCGUACAAGUAUCAGCUACACCAACGCAACACAAGGCCUCAGAUAACUCAUUAGUAACAUGGGAUCCAUCUGAGGAAGAUGCUUUUGAGCCACCACCUGUCAGCAUUAGGCCAAAGUUCACGUUCAAGAAGACAGCUUUGCCAAUUCAAACCAAACUUGGGACAAAACCAAAAGUAGAACAAACAAAGAACGCUCUUAGUCCACACGCAUCCCCAUUCAUGCCUCAUUACAAUAAUGCAGCGAGCUUACCUCACCCAGCUGAGCCGUUUGCCCAAUAUAUGGCACGUCGAGACCUGAUCACAUCUGGCCUCUAUCAAUAUGACGAUAGGCCAGAGAACUUCAGAGCAUGGUACUCUUCAUUCAGUGGUGCUAUAGCUGAAGUCCACCUGACACCGACUCAAGAGUUAGAUCUCAUGACCAAAUGGCUGGGAAAGGAAUCUAGUAGUCAGGUGAAGCGCAUACGCUCAGUACACGUCAACAACCCCAGUGCAGCCCUAAAGAGAGCAUGGGAGAGGCUUUGUGAGUGUUAUGCAGCCCCCGAAGUGAUCGAAAAGUCACUCUUUCAGCGAUUGGAUAGCUUUCCAAGAUUAACAACAAAGGACAAUGUCAAACUGCGCGAACUAGGGGAUCUCCUCCAAGAGAUUCAAGGAGCCAAGGAAGACGGCUAUCUUCCUGGUUUGUCGUAUCUGGACACUUCACGAGGAAUAGGUCCAAUAGUCGACAAGCUCCCGUACCCACUCCAAGAUAGGUGGAUGACUCAGGGUUCUAACUACAAAGAAGAUCAUAAUGGUUGUUUCCCACCCUUUCAUUACUUUUGUGCUUUUAUCUGCAAAGAGGCAAAGAAACGCAAUGACCCAAGUUUCACCCAACAAAAUAGUCAAACGUACAUUAAACAAGAAAGAUCCAACCCUAAGAGCUUUAACUCACCCAGACCUAUCGCUGUGCACAAAACAAACAUUACAACUACAAACAACGACAUAAACAACAACUGCCCACUGCACAGUAAGCCACAUCCACUAAAGAAAUGCAGGACAUUCAGGUACAAACCAUUGGAGGAAAGAAAGGCCUUCCUCAAAGAGAGAGGAAUAUGUUUUAAAUGCUGCUCUUCAGACACUCAUCUCGCUAAGGACUGUAAAUCUACAGUAAAGUGCACUGAAUGUGACAGCACACGCCAUGACACCGUCAUGCAUCCAGGUCCUCCACCUCAAAACAAGGCUCCUUCACCUGCUCAAGAGGACGGCGGGGAGGGAGAAAAACAACCCGACAAUGUCGAUGUAACAUCAAGCUGUACCGAGGUGUGUGCCCAAGGUCAAUGGGGUCGCUCAUGUUCGAAAAUAUGUCUCGCCAGGGUGUAUCCAAAGGGUGAAAAAGAAAGUGCAGUUAAAGCUUAUGUAAUCCUGGACGACCAGAGCAAUCGUUCCUUAGCUAGGCCUGAGUUCUUUGAACUUUUUAAUAUUAAAACCAAGCCUUUCUGCUACAACUUAAGAACAUGCUCCGGGCUUGUUGAAACACAGGGCAAGAUGGCUGAAGGUUUCCUGAUCGAGUCGCUUGAUGAAUCAGUCAUCAUCCCACUACCUCCUCUUAUUGAAUGUCCAGACAUUCCCAACAAUAGGAGUGAAAUCCCAACUCCAAGCGCUGUGCUGCACCAGCCUCAUCUUCGUCCCAUAGCCAAAUGCAUUCCUGAGUUAGAUCCUCAGGCUGAAAUUCUCCUGUUGCUAGGUCGAGACAUCUUACGUGCACACAAGGUUAGAGAACAAGUCAAUGGGCCUCAUCAUUCUCCGUUUGCCCAACGCCUAGAUUUAGGGUGGGUCGUAGUUGGAGAGGUGUGCCGGGGUAAGGUUCAUAAACACACAGUCAACACGUUCAAGACGACGAUUCUCGAAAAUGGCCAUCCAACAGUUUUCGGACUCUGUGACAACUUUCUGCAACUCACAGAAAUGCCACGCACUAAAAGACAGGAUAAGGCACCUGAACAAACUCUCGGAAAAACAGUAUUCAAUCGCACAGAAAACGACAACAAACCAGCUCCAUCUAUCGAGGACAUUCUCUUCUUGGAGAUUAUGGACAAAGGAAUGUAUAGAGAUGACAAGAAUAAUUGGGUAGCACCCCUUCCCUUCAAAGAACCUCGCCAACAGAUGCCAAACAACAGGGAGCUUGCAGUCAGUCGGUUUUUGUCUCUCAAAAGAAACUUACAGAGAAAACCUCACAUGCAAGAGCAAUACGUCGAGUUCAUGCAAGGCAUUUUCUCCAAUGGUCAUGCUGAAGUGGCUCCUCCACUGAAACAAGGUGAAGAGUGCUGGUAUCUUCCAACUUUCGGGGUUUAUCACCCACAAAAGCCCAAUAAGAUCAGAGUUGUUUUUGAUUCCAGUGCCCAGUAUUCCGGCGUCUCCCUCAACAGCGUCCUUCUCUCCGGGCCUGAUUUGAACAACAGUUUGCUUGGGGUCCUCCUACGAUUUCGGAAAGAGGCAGUUGCCAUUAUGGCAGACAUACAGCAAAUGUUUCAUUGUUUCCUGGUGCGUGAUGACCACCGAAAUUAUCUCCGUUUUCUGUGGCAUAAGGACAAUGAUGUAAAUAAGGAGGUCAUCGAAUAUCGAAUGAAGGUCCAUGUAUUUGGAAACUCGCCAUCACCUGCAGUAGCCGUUUAUGGAUUGCGCAAAGCCAUCCAGGAAGGGGCAAAGGACUAUGGCGCCGACACAGUCGAGUUUGUGGAAAGGCAUUUUUACGUUGACGAUGGCUUGAUCUCUGUGCCUUCUCCAGCUGAAGCAAUUGACUUGCUCCAAAGAACAAAAGCCGCUCUUGCUGAGUCCAAUCUUCGUCUGCACAAGUUUGUCUCUAAUUCUCGAGCAGUCACAGAAGCCUUUUGUCCUGACGAUUGUGCAACAAUCAUUAAAGGCCUAGAUCUGGAAGGUGAAGAAACUCAGUCACAACGAAGCCUAGGUCUCAUUUGGGAAAUAAUGACAGACACUUUCACCUUCUCAGUGGCCACUGCAAUUAAACCAUUCACUCGCCGAGGUGUUUUGUCUUCUGUUAACAGCAUCUUUGAUCCUCUGGGUCUGUUGGCACCUGUCACUAUCCAAGGAAGAGCGCUACUCCGUGAACUAUCAUCAGAGUGUUCAGAAUGGGAUGCACCUCUUCCGGAGAACAAGCAAAACAAAUGGGAAAGUUGGAGAAAUUCCCUAGAAGAUCUUAAAGAGCUUCACGUCCCAAGAACCUACACAUCAACUUCUCUCAGGCAAGCAGAACGCAACGAACUGUAUUUAUUUUCAGAUGCUUCAACCAAAGCAAUUGGUGCUGUAGCCUACCUGAAAGCAGUCCAACAAGAUGACAAGGUUGAGGUAGGAUUCAUUAUGGGCAAGGCAAGACUUGCUCCUCAAUCAGAACCCACUAUACCAAGGCUUGAACUGUGCGCCGCCGUCUUGGCAGUCGAGAUGGCCGAUCUAAUUCAGGAGGAGUUAGACCAACAGCUGGAUGCAGUUCAUUUUUACACAGACAGUAAAGUAGUUCUCGGCUACAUCUGCAACGAGUCAAAAAGAUUCUACACAUAUGUCCACAACAGAGUGCAGCGUAUUCGUCAGUCCUCCAAGCCAGAACAGUGGCAUUAUGUGCGCACAGAGGAAAACCCUGCAGAUCAUGCUUCACGAUCACUCACACCAUCUCAACUGGCAAAAACAAUAUGGUUCACCGGACCAUCCUUCAUCUAUCGUUCAUCUGCAGAAACAAACCAAGCAAGUGGGAAGUUUGAGUUAAUUGAUCCAGAGAAAGACUGCGAAUUAAGGCCACAAGUUAAAACACUGGCGACUAACCUUCAAGUACUCACAUGUAAAGGCUUCCAACGCUUCUCUACCUUCAAGUCAUUGGUCAGAGCGAUAGCUUUCCUCAUUCACAUCGCAAAAUCAUUCAAUGGCAGUAAUCCAAACAGAAAAUGCAAAGGAUGGCACAAAUGUCACUUACCUCUAACACUGGACGAAAUGACUCGCGCUAAACAUAUCAUUCUCAAGGAGACACAACGAGCAACGUUUGGAAAAGAACUGUUGGCUCUUCAAGCUGGAAAACCAAUUCCCACACAAAGCCCUCUACAAAAACUCAGCCCAAUCCUGGAUGAUGGCCUUAUAGUUGUCGGAGGCCGAAUCAAGCACUCUGAUUUUGAGGACUUUGAAAAGAACCCAAUAAUCAUUCCCAAGGACUCUCACAUUUCUCUCCUGCUCACUCGUCACCACCAUGAGCAAGUAAAACACCAGGGUCGCCACCUGACAGAAGGCGCAAUAAGGGCUGCUGGGCUUUGGCUUAUAGGUGGCAAAAGACUUGUCAACUCUGUGAUCCACAAAUGCAUUAUUUGCCGCAAACUACGUGGUAAACAGGAAGAACAACGCAUGGCAGAUCUGCCAUCAGAACGCCUUAAAAUGUGUCCUCCUUUUACUUAUGUGGGCCUUGAUGUUUUCGGGCCAUGGACAAUAACUACCAGGCGUACUAGAGGUGGACAAGCCCAAAACAAGCGCUGGGCCAUCAUGUUUAGCUGCAUGAGUUCGAGAGCUGUACAUAUUGAGGUGAUCGAAUCCCUGGACACAUCCAGCUGUGUAAACGCCCUGAGACGCUUCUUUGCUCUGAGGGGUCCCGCCAAAAGUCUUUUAUCUGAUCGAGGUACAAACUUCAUUGGGGCAUCCAAGGAGCUAAGAAUGGACAGUACAGUACAACAGUAUCUAAGUGACCAAGGGUGCAUCUGGGAAUUCAAUCCACCUCAUGCCUCCCACAUGGGAGGCGCCUGGGAGCGCAUGAUUGGUGUGGCUCGAAGAAUUCUGGACUCCAUGCUGCUUCAAAACAAGGUAGAACUAACUCACGAAGUGUUGUGCACUCUCAUGGCGGAAGUUACAGCCAUCAUAAAUGCAAGGCCACUUCUCCCAGUUUCAUCGGAUCCAGACAAUCCAUUCAUUCUGUCUCCGUCAAUGCUCCUCACACAGAGAUCGUGCCUUCUACCACCUCCUGGAGAAUUCUUGGAGAAGGACUUGUACACUAAGCAAUGGAGGCAAGUUCAGGCUCUUGCCAACCAGGUUUGGAUGCGUUGGAGGAGGGAGUACCUGCCCUUACUACAAAAGAGACAAAAAUGGACUCAAUCUAGAAGAAACCUGCAAGUCGGUGACCUUGUUUUGCUCAAAGACAAGCAGGUCACACGCAACAGCUGGCCUAUGGCCCGGGUCACUGCAACAUUCCAUGGAAAGGACAAUCGUGUAAGAAGGGUCGAAGUUAAAGUCAGUGACCAAGGCAACAUUAAGACAUUUAUGCGACCAGUGACGGAAAUCAUCCUCCUCCUCCCCAAAGACUGAUUCUUUCAAGGUUUAGUUAAGCUUAUGGUGCCCCCUACGGGCCAGGCGGGGAGUGUGUUGCCUUUAAGGCUGUAUAAAUAAUUUCAUAUGGUUACAAUGUUGUAAAAAUGUUUUAAUAAGUUAAGUAAUCCUUUCGAUCUUGUAAUAAUAGAUAAUUCAUAGUUUAAGUUGAAAAAAUAUUGUCGUGAAACGCUACUUCCGGUUUCGCCGCGCUACUUCCGUUUUCGCUACAGGAUGUUAUGAAGUAGCCAUGUUGUGGAAUGCGGUCAGACUUACAUCUGUUGCCAUCUGCUGUGAUUCAUUAACGAGGCAAUGCCGUAAGUCGUGUGUCGUUUUAAUCUUAAUGUUUACGCUGAUAUUUUGCUAUUAUUUUGUUAACUUUAUUGGAUGAGCGCACUUUAUUUUCAUGUUCUCUUCAGCCAUUCGCUGACACUAUGUAACGUGUG